AUGGCAGACCCUGGGCCAGAUGAUGAUGUGGUGAUUGUGGAGGACUUAGAUGACUGUCCAGUGCGGAAAGCGCUGGUGGCGAAGUUGGCUUCUGCUCUGGAGAAACAUCCUGGCGGGCCUGCAUCCUACUUGGCUGCCCAUUUGCAGAAUGAUGGCGAGAAGCAGAACUUCGUGAACUGGCUAUGGAAAAGCUUUCCGGAACGUGAUGAUGUUUGCUAUCAUCACUCAGCAGACAUUCCAUGGGUCGCAGAACAACAGCUGGCGCAAACCCCCCCAGUGGCCAUUCACAUCGCUUGCUUUGGCUGGGAGGACGGCUGUGGCAUGAAGCCACCGCCGGGGAAAGAUUUGACAUUACAGCUGGUGGAAUGGUAUUUGAAGGAUGGGUUCAUCAGCUCUGGGGAAGUGCUUCUGGUGUCACAACCUCAGGCUUUGGCCGCAUCAAGUCUUACUGCCCCUUGGACUGGUGAUUUGAAGCCCUGCAGUGUGGGCUACAUCAAGGGCAGAGCUCGCAUGACAGCGCUGCUGGCAAUCCUUCACGUGAUCUAUAGUGAUAAAACAGGCAUGGAUUUGACUCCGUGCCACAAGUUCAUGGAGAGUGUGAAUUUGAUAUGGGUACAACACCUCAGGCAGGCUACCAAGGAAGACGAAGUCCUGUGCAACCUGAAAAUGAGCUUGUGCGGUAGCCUGAGGAAAGCAGCUAACGUAGUGCAGAUGGCUUCGAUGGUGAGAAGACUCAUGCAGGAGGGCUCCACCGACUAUGGUUCCUUUGUGAGACGCUUCAAUUCCCAGACUGUCCCUGCCUACCAGAUCCGAGGCCGCAAGGCCACGGCUUUGAAGCUCCUCUUUGAAUCGGAUGUGCUGGAUGCAGUGCUGGACCACGUUGGAAAUCUGGGUUGGCCAGAUUGUGCGUGGACGGAGGAGAACCUUAGCAGCAAGCGCCUUUUUCCAGGGCACCAGUUCCCAUCAAGAUCGAGGAAGUGGAUGGCCAGACUCAAGGUUUCUGAUGAUUCUCUUCGGCUGAUGGCCACAAGGGUGCGUUGGGUGAGGGAAAAAGCUCACCAGGCGAACCUUGGCAAGGGUAAGAUGGAUGGUGCUUCGAUGGAAGCAGUGGCGGAGAAGGCAGCCGCCUUGCAUGCUUUGGCUUUGGAGUUUUGCAGCGAGCACCCUGUUCCACUCGAGACUGUCAAGCAGCGUGUUUUGACUGAAUGGUCUCAGGGGUGUGAGCGCAUUGAUUGCGAGAUCUCUGCCGCCUUGUUGGAGAAGUCCGAUAGUUUCCAGAUAGCUCAGCAGAUGCCUUGCUUCAAAAGUCUGCUGGAGGAUUCAUUGUUCAGGACUCCAGUCAGUUCUGCUCAGGAGGUGGAUUUGCGCGAUGCCUUGAAGAAGGACGAAUAUGACCAUUUGAUCAAGAAGAUGGACUACGAUCAGAAGGUCUUUGAAAUCUGGAGACAAAAAUGUACUUCAGUGAGCGCAGCCAGGACACAUGCCCGCCAGGAGCGUUUAGUGUCUCAGCACCGCCAGCUGCAGGAAUCAGCCGAGCACUUCGUGGAGGGAUGCGUGCGCCUGCUGUGCUGGGAAAAUUCCAAGGGAUCUGACACCUUGCUGCCGCAGAUCCUGGCCUUCAGGAUGGAAGUGAUGAAGAAGCUCCGAAACAGUGGCAUUGUUGCAGAAGUGCCGACCGUGGUUCUCAUGAAUUGGACGGCGCCAUGCUUGCUGCCAAGUGCCAGGCAACGGGAUCACAGCAACGUGCUGGCCUGGGCGUUGCAUGACAACGUCAACAGUGUGGGCGUUGUUUUCUCCCCGACGUUCAGCUACAACAGGGGGAAGACCUUUCUCGAAGAACACACCGGCUACGAGAUGCUGCUCCAGGGUGGCCAUAACCUGGACCACCAGUUUUCCCUCAUCUUCAGUGACCGGUGCGAUCAAAGAGAUUCACGCCCACUUGUCUACCCUGCAAGGUUUGCUUUUCCAGGCCAUGUUGUCGACCUGUCCAAGAGCAAUGCUUUCUUCGCCUCGGAACUGCGCAAGUCAGGGCGCACAGAUGCCGUGAAGCAAUUGCCUGCCAAGGAGCUCAAAGAAAUGGAGGAUAUGGCAGAUGAUUCAUUGCCAAGCUCGACUUCCGCGAACUUUGUUUCAGGGGCUGCGAAACAUUGCCAGAUGGGGCAACCAGCAGCGGAGGAGAUCUUGAAGAAGUUGUUUGCUGGCACAGAGUUCGAGAAUGCCCCUGCAAUCCUCAUUUUGGACCUAUUUCCAAGGGUGGGUGAUUUUUGCCAUGCUUUUUGCAAGCUGCGGUCAAACACCAAUGUGGGGGCACAGCUCUUCUAUGUUGGGGUAGCUGAAAAAGCCAAAGAUCAGGAAUGGCUGCGCGCAAGCCUUUUGGAUGAGCUGGUGGAAAAGCUCAAGCAAGGCCAGUUUCAAAUCCCUGGCGCACGGCCCUUCCAGCAUGAUGUUCCAGGUGAUCUCCUUGAAGCGCUUCCAGCUUUACCGAUCAUGAACACCUUGGUGACAGUGGGUGAUGGAGAAUUUCGCAAGCUUGUCAUCCCGCAGGGUUUGGUCAAGAAGUGGCGCACCGAUGAAGACUUUGGUGAUGCGUUUGGAACUUGGCUGGAUACCUUCUGCGAGAAAUACAGCAUUGCAGAAGAUGCGGAUACCCAGGACAAGCCAAAUAAAAGGGCAAUCGAAGAUGGUGGCUCUAGCAGUGAGCCUGGUCCUUCUCCCAAGAAGGUCAAGAUUGAAGAGGUGGCUGCUGAGUUCAUCUUGGCGAAUGACAAGGUGGCAGAGACUUUGCUACUGGAGGCAAAGCUCUCAGGAAAGGACAGUCUCAGCUUUCAAAUUCGCACAGGGCAUCAGCUCUACUUGGUCAAUAACACAGGGCAAGAAAUCUCUUUGAAACCUACCACGCCGCUGGUGGGCUUUGGUCGCGGGACCUUCAAGCUGCUCAAGGAGAACGAGACCCUUCCAGAGAAGGCGAUCGUGUUUGAUGUGACUGUGCCAGAUGCGCUGCUUUCAUUGAAUGGCGUGGUCAGCACGGUGUCGGAGCUGGUGGCCAAGCAGCGUGAGAGUAAGCCAGAAGCCGAGGUGUCGUACCACAAGGCGACUAUGAUUGCAGAGAAGCCUGGUCAGUUUGAGUUCAAAAUGACCCACAAGGUGGCCUUCAUCCCCCCCACCAAGAAUGCGCCAGAUGCGGAAGCAAGCAAGGGGAAAGAAGAGCCGGUCACUGCUGCCAACAUCGCCUCACGAGAGCUUGCCAGCACAUACACUGGCAUGCAUUCGGUCUCCAUUGUGUGGCACACGAAAUGGACGGUCAAGGGGUUGCAGCCGAUCAAGCCCUUCCUCCACUUGACGAAGAAGCUUGCCCUCUCUCCAGGGCAAUGUUGCAAACUGAGAGCGUGA